AUGAAAAACUCAAUAAUACUAGUAAUUCUAAGUGCAGUAGUGUUACAGAAAGUGCAAGCUUUUGAUGUAGAUGAACAUGGAUAUAUUCUCUAUUGUCCUUGCAUGGGUCGAUUUGGGAAUCAGGCUGAUCAUUUUUUGGGUGCGUUUGGAUUUGCUCACGGGUUAAAUCGAACACUUGUACUGCCACCCUGGGUGGAGUAUCGGAAGGGGGAAGCCAAAUCUAUUCAGGUUCCGUUCGAUGCGUACUUUCAAGUCGAGCCCCUGUUGGAAUAUCACAAAGUGAUAACGAUGGAAACAUUUAUGGAAAACAUAGCCCCAUCGGUGUGGCCCACCGAGGAAAGGACUUCGUUUUGCUAUAUGGAACGAAUGGGGCUUGAUGGGAAAACAGACGGCGGCUGUAAUGCGAAAAGUGGAAAUCCGUUCGGUCCGUUUUGGGACACAUUUGAUGUAGAUUUUGUUAAGUCGGAAUUUUUUGGACCAAAGCUGAAUUAUGACGUAUACCACCACGACAUGGCUAGCAAAUGGAAUGAGAGGUAUCCGGCGGAAGAGUGGCCUGUUAUCGCUUUUACAGGAGCACCAGCCAGUUUCCCGAUUCAGCUGGAAAAUCGCGAGUUACAUAAAUAUUUGAAAUGGUCAACAACAGUUAGCGAUGCGGCUCGUGAUUUCAUUAAAAAUUCGCUGCCUAAAGGAGCUUUCAUGGGAAUCCAUUUACGAAAUGGAAUCGAUUGGGUGCGAGCUUGCGAUCAUAUCAAAGAUAGUCCGAACCUAUUCUCCUCACCUCAGUGCCUUGGUUAUCGCAAUGAAAAAGGAUUACUCACACUAGACAUGUGCCUACCCUCUAAGGACGUAAUCAUACGUCAAAUCAAACGCCAAAUAAAGAAUCACAAGGAAUCGCACAAAAGCAACGAGAUCAAGUCUGUCUUCGUUGCUUCGGACGGAAAUCACAUGAUUCAUGAUUUGAACGAAGCUUUAAAACGAAUGGACGUCGUGGCGGUCAGGCUGCCCGAGAAUAACCCACAUCUGGAUUUAGCAAUCCUCGGGAUGUCUAAUCAUUUCAUCGGCAACUGUGUGUCAUCCUAUUCGGCCUUCGUGAAACGGGAACGCGACGCUAAGGGAUUUCCGUCCUCAUUUUGGGCUUUCCCCGCGGAGAAGCACUUACCGAAGACGACAAAAGCCAGUUCGGCGGCGGCUCACGAAGAACUGUGAUGGGACGGCGGAAUCAUUGAAAGAAAUUGACAAACCCGGCGGGAAAAACGCGUUGGCCUAGGUUUUUUGUUUGUUUUCUUGCUCUGUUGAGGUGGUCGAAAUAAUAAAACAAAAAGUGUGGCUUACGUAGGUAACCGCGUGCUAACGUUAACCGCUGCCUCCGCUGCGGUACAAAAUACAUACACUUGUAUCACCGUUCAUGGGUGCCCUUCGCGGUACGUUUCGCCAGCUCCGGCAGUUUUAAAUGCGAUAAUGUGUCUGUUUUGACAAAACUAUUACGAACAGAUAUAGGGAGGCCACACAGUCAGUACAUUAUACUACAGUGCGAUAAGCGUGUUCCUCUUGAAUGAUUCUCAUAUAUUUAAUUGAAAGUAAGUUGUGGCAGCCGCAGCCGGUUUAUUAAAUUUUAAUAACGUGGUAUUUUUUACUGCUUUAACUUAUAAUUACCGCUGUUUUUGGAAACAAUGUAGUAUUUUCUUUUAAUUUAAUUUUUAGUCAGUGUAUAUAAUUUUAUUAAGACGCUAUGGCAGAAUAAUUAUUGCGAAUUUCGAACAGGAACUCUGUAAGAAAUGGUCAUUUAAGUAAUGACGAUUAUAUCUGUCAUUCUAGCAUAUGUUUCCAAAGUUUAACAUUACUUUGUAAUAUUUGUCAAGUCAGCUAAAUAAAGGUAUGGAACUUGA